AUGCGAUCAUUGCAUGAUCAAGAGUUUGCAAAAUUUCUUAUUCGCAUUGGUGAUGGUGUUGAACCUACCAAACCAGAUGACAUGGUGAGGUUACCUUUACAUAUUGCAAUCCCAUGGGAAGGUGAUCAUUCCAUACAAGUAAUUAUCCAACAUAUUUUUCCUAAUUUAGAAUUGCAUGGUUGGGAUGCCCCAUAUAUGGUACAAAGAGCUAUUUUGACACCAACAAAUGAUGAUGUCCAAAAAUUGAAUGAUAUGAUUAUCGAUCAGUUUCCAGGAGAAGAACAUAAUUUGUUAUCGUUUGACGAGGUUGAAGGAGAUAAUCAUAAUUUAUACCAACAAGAAUUCUUAAACUCAAUUGCACAAGGUAGUUUGCCACCACAUAUUCUAAAGAUAAAAAAGGGUGCACCAUUGAUGUUGUUACGAAAUCUAGAUCCUAGAUAUGGAUUGUGUAAUGGGACCCGGUUAUUAUGUCGUGGUUUAUUUAUGAAUAUGUUGGAUGUGGAAAUCUUGACAGGAAGUAACGCAGGAAAAUGUGCUUUUUUACCUAGAAUUAAAAUAAAAACAUCUGCAAGUGAUGGUCUUCCUUUUGUCCUUAGUAGAAAGCAGUUUCCUGUGCGACUAAGUUUUGCAAUUACAAUAAAUAAAUUACAAGGGAAAACCAUUCCAAAUGUUGGAAUAUAUCUUCCACGACAUGUUUUUAGUCAUGGACAAUUAUAUGUGACUUUAUCCAGGGGUGUUUCACAUACUACAACAAGAGUUUUAACCAGGGAAGGAAAAUUGAAAGGAGAAGAUGCCAAACUAGAACACGAUGAAAUCUUUCAAUUAUGUAAGGAGUUGAGACGAAAGAAUGUUGAAACUUGCUUCAACAUGAAAAUAACAAACUUUGAAGAUAAAUGGAAUACAUGGAAGGAUGAACAAAGUAUUUCAUCCAUUGGCAAACUCGACAAUAAGUUUUUUAAAUCUCAAGAGCGCAUUGAUAAAGGGAUGUACGAAGAAUUGAUUCGAAUCUUUAUGAGGGAAAAAGAAAAUACUUCGAAUAGAGAUUUCAUGUUCGGCAUUCCUCUUAAAGAACGUCAUUGA